UUUCCCUACUGUAUAACAAGGUCAACAACUUUAUUUGCCUAAAAAGCGAAAUUUUCAGCAUAAUAACUUGUGAAAAAUGUUGUGAGUGAUGUGAUUCCCAUUGAAUAAUGGCUGGAAGUGUGGAAAAUUAACAGUACGAAUAUGAGCUUUCCUACCUAAGAACGUCGCCGGGAUACACCCUGUACAAUGUGAAUGGUACAUCUCAUACCUUGUUCGCUUUAACCAUGUCCGAGGCUAUGGAAAACAACAUAGUGAAGCCGGACCCGAAGUCUCAAGAGAUAGACCUGAAAGACUGUCUCUUGAACGGGCAAGUGAAGAACUAUGUGGACUAUUUGCCGAAUAAUAAUGUUUGUGAUAGUCAAAACGUCGCCAAUUCGCCACAGAAGAAGGAAUAUUGCGAGAGUGAGUGUUUUAACGAAGAGAGGACUUUGAUAGUGAAACUGGAGCCUAGUGAAACAGACUUUCUUAAAGACGCAGAUGUGAGUUCUGUUAGUCAGUCGGAGGAUACGAACAGCCUGAAUGAGAACAGUAGUGCUAACGAAUCGAGCCAGGAACCCCAGACGUCUGAACCGAUAGAAGAACCCCUUGAAUCUGAAGAGGAGGACUCAGACAGAUUGUCUCAGAGCAGCGACAAUUACUAUUACGACCGCCAAAAUAAUGGUUCUUUUGGAACGUCCACAAAGAAAAAACGAAUUUCCAGUGGAACAGUAAGAGGCAGGCCUCGAAAAACCGUUGUACCAAUGUACCACAGUCAGAUAAGCGGAGACAAGAAUGCCAUCAAAAUACGAAUCAAAAAAAGCCAUUUCAGUACUCAUGUACAGUUAACCCCAAACAAAAAGAAAUCGGGUAGACGAAAAAAGCACAAGACUUAUUCAGACACUGAUAAUUCAGACUACGAGAGAAAACCAAAAAGGAGUCGAGGAUCGUCAGCUUCGGCGGCUGCUGUGACGGAUAAUAAUGUGUCCAGCACGCAAGACGUAGUGCCUAUGGAACAGGCGCCUUGGGCAGAUCCUGCCAAAAUACCGGAAGAGGUCCUGGAACGGAUAUUUAAAGAAACGUGUUCCCAUGAAGGUGCUUUGCCUACUUUGGUCAAAUUAUGUAAAGUAUGUAGAUUAUGGCGAGACAUAUCUUUAAAACCAUCCCUGUGGAAGAAAGCCGAUUUGAAUUAUGUGAAGGAGAAAAACAGAACUGACUUGCGAUUGCAUUGGCUCAUUUUGAACAGGCUCACCGACUGUGAAGACUUGAGCAUGGGCGAAUGGAAAGUACGGGACAUACAGUCGGUCUUGGAAGCCCUUUGCGAACACUGUCCUAAAUUAAAAGGGCUGAACCUGAGCGGCUGGAAAGGGUUGAACGCUGACAAUUUGAAAUACCUGACUAACGAGUGUAAAAAGUUGGAAAGGCUCGAUCUUUCUUCUAUUAAUUCUGCAUCAGCGAUAAACGCCCAACCUCUGGUCGCUCUGAGCCAGAGCAUGAACACGCGCCUCACUCACCUAGUUUUAGCUCACAACAAAAUCGCCGGAUUCAUACAGAUAAUUACAUCUAUUUCUUCUCACUGCCCCAAUCUCCAACUCUUGGACAUCUCCAACAUAAAAACGUUCGCUCACAACACCGCCCUGCUCCACGUGGAGAAGCUCCAAAUCGGAUGUCCGAAAUUGAGGGUGCUGCGCAUCACCAACAGCCAGAUAUGGCUGGCGCCAGCUACGCUCAGCGAACAGAUGGCCUCUCCUGGUUUUCCAAUGUUGGAGGAACUCUCCCUGGCCGGACUGGAGGAAGACCAAACCACAACGUCCAGAUCGAUGGACGACGACGGUAUAGAGCGGUUGCUGAAGUCCAGCAAGAAGCUGAGAUUGCUGGACGUGAGGGGUUGCAGCAAGCUGACCGAUUCGGGAUUGGUACGGGUUCCCGCAUGGGACUUGGAACACCUUUUCUUAAGUGCCUGCUACGUUACGAGAUUACAGAAUUCUGGAUUGGAAUUGAUCGUGCGUAAAUGGAGUCAUAGCUUGUUGGAAGUGGAUUUGGCCUGGUCCACAGCCACCGCCUCCUUGGACGCCGCCGUCUUGGCUCUAGCAGAAAAAGGGUCAGAAUCAAAAUUAAGGAUCCUGAACCUGUGCGGCUCCUCGGUGUCCCUGGACCCUGUCAAGGCGGUCCUAACCAAGUGCCCUAACCUCUCCUCGAUCAACCUGCAGUCGUGCAGGGCUCUGCCCCGCGGCAUCAAGCGCCUCUACACCGGCAGCGCGGUGAACGAACUGCGCAAGAGCCUCCACGACAAAAAGACUGACGGCAGCGACUCGGAGGAGAACAAGUCGACAACGGCAACGUCGCCUAAGGACGAGUAGUGAGAGCGCUAAUAAUGAUUUUUUCUGUUUUUUUUCUAUCUCGAAAAAGGAGUUGUUUUUUAAGCGAUGUAGGGCAGUGUACUUGCCCUCUGGUUGGUGUAUAUAAGAAGGCGUUUAAGGGUAUCUCUCGUUUUGGGGUUAGAGAGGAGAAUUAUUUAGGUAUUUUUUAAUAUCUAACACUGAUGAAUUUCUUGAAAAGUAUUCUGGAGUUUUUGGAACUAGAAGAAAAAAUCUA